GGAGGAGGAGGAAGAAGAGGUGGAGGAGGUAGAUGAGGAGGAGUUAGAGGAGGAGGAGGAGGAGGAGGAGCAGGAGCAGGAGCAGGAGGAGGUGAAGGUGAAGGAGGAGGAGAUAGAAGAGACCGCAGACGAAAAUGAUGCAGAAGAAACAAAGCGCAGGUUAAAGCCUGGUUUUGUGGCUGGUUUGGCGCCUCCAAAAAUCCCAGAUGGAGAAAAAGUGGACUUUGAUGACAUUCAUCGAAAAAGAAUGGAGAAGGACAUGACUGAGCUCCACACUCUGAUCGACGCUCACUUUGAGAAGCGUAAGAAGGAGGAAGAGGAUCUUCUCAACCUCACAGAUCGCAUUGAGACACGCAGGUCAGAGAGAGCAGAGCAGAUGAAGAUUAGAUCUGAGCGAGAAAAAGAACGGCAGAACAAACAAGCUGAAGAGAAAGCAAGAAAAGAAGAGGGGGAGGCGAAGAAGAAAGCAGAUGACGAUGCAAGGAAGAAGAUGAUUCUGUCCAACUUGAGUUUCACUGGAUACAAGCAGACACAACCUGGGGGUAAAAAACCAACAGAAAGAGAAAAGAAGAAGAAGAUCCUAAAUGAUCGGCACAAAGAGUUAAAUAUUGAUCACAUGAAAGAGGACAAACUCAGGGAAAAAGCCAAGGAACUCUUUGAUUGGUUGCACCUGCUGGAGUCCGAGAAGUUUGACCUUCAGUAUACGCAGGCUAAGCAGAAGUAUGAGGUCACGGUGCUGAGAAACCGAGUCAGUGAUCAUCAGAAAGUACUUUAUUGAUCCCCAGUGGAGGGAAUCCGCAAGCUACCAAGCAUUCAAAGAGCAUCAGAAGCAAGCGUGGCCUGAGGAAGUAACAUCAGGCGACAUCAUGAAGGAAACUGCCACACCUGACAUUUAUUGACAGCAAAAUUAACCCCAAAAUGCUUUUUUCUCUAAAUACUUGAAAAUGCAAGAACAAAACAACAAAUGCUCUUGAACAUUGUAUCUGUGAAACAGUGUGCUGAGUACAUCUGAAGGAAUUUAGCAGGUUAGAAUUAGACUGAUGUGUUACGGCUUGUGUUUAUUAAAGUGGGAUUUGACAAGA